AUGGAGCGGUUGCGAGCUGCGUUUGACGAAGUCGUGGAGAUCGUCAAGUCUGCGCUAGAAGGUGAGCCCAAGACGCCUGCAGAGAUUCUACUGGACGAACAUCUUCCCGUCGAAGAGAACGUUCUAUCCUCUUUGGUGACGAAGAAUCAGCAAACGACGGGUAUUCCGACCUCCGUUAUGAACGAACUGGCGUCACGCACACACAACGUCGUAGAUUGUCCCUGCAUUCAAGCUCGGAUCUGGGAGAUCCUCAUUGAUCACCAAGAGAACCCAAUUUUACUGAAAAAGGCGCUAAAUCUGCUGCAAUAUUUACUGAUUAACGGUUCUCAAGAAGUUCUCAAGGACACUCGAUCGCCUGCCCGAGCUUCAUUCCUGUUAGAGCUGGCAACAGAAUACAACAAGUACGAGUUCGAACAGUACGAGUUCAGCCAGAACCUAGACAUUGGUGCAGGUGUACGCAAGACAGCGACGGAGAUCAAUACGCUGCUUGAAGAUGACGACGCUCUGCUUGAAGCACGUCAAAAAGCAGGAAAACUGCACCAAAACCUGUCGUCACGAGGCCUACGCAGUGCAUACCCGACAUCAAGAGCAAACGAUAAUCCAUCGCGGCCUCCUACGUACACUGACACGUAUUCGUACGGCUCAAGACUUGACGAUAUUGCGUCGAGAUUCGUGACGCACCCAUCCGAUUCAGAGGACGAGAAGAGCUAG